GUUUGUAUCUCAGUCCUCCAAAGAAGCCUAUGUCAUUUCUCUCUAUAUCAACAACCCACUGCUCAUUGGUGGGAAGAAGUUUGAUCUUCGUCUCUACGUUUUAGUAUCUACUUACCGUCCACUGAGAUGUUACAUGUAUAAACUUGGAUUUUGCCGGUUUUGCACAGUGAAAUACACACCAAGCACGAGUGAACUGGAUAACAUGUUUGUGCAUCUUACAAACGUUGCCAUUCAGAAACAUGGGGAUGAUUACAAUCAUAUCCAUGGAGGCAAGUGGACAGUGAGUAACUUACGCCUGUAUCUGGAGAGUACUCGUGGAAAGGAAGUCACAAACAAGUUGUUUGAUGAAAUUCACUGGAUAAUUGUGCAGUCACUGAAGGCCGUUGCGCCUGUAAUGAAUAAUGAUAAACACUGCUUUGAGUGUUAUGGAUAUGACAUUAUCAUUGAUGACAAGCUUAAACCAUGGCUAAUUGAGGUUAAUGCUUCCCCUUCUCUUACUUCCAGUACUGCUAACGAUCGCAUCCUGAAAUACAAUCUCAUUAAUGACACACUUAAUAUUGCUGUGCCUAAUGGGGAAAUUCCAGACUGUAAAUGGAAUAAAUCUCCACCAAAAGAGGUUCUUGGCAAUUAUGAAGUCUUAUAUGAUGAAGAGAUGGCACAAAGUGAUGGGCCCGACCGUGACUUGCGAAGUCGUUCUGGGCCAUCCACUGGAGUAAAAGGCAAUCGUGCAAGAGAUUUGGGAAAGCCUGUCCUAACCACGUGGAAGUGA